UGCAUCAGUGAGCUUUGUCCGUCCCGUUAUCAAACUUGAAUUCAAAGUUGAGAGCCUGGGGAGAAUGUGAUAGGGAGCUUAUCGGCUGGCGCCGGGUGUACGGCUGACAAAGCCACGCUACUGCAAAGGCUGCUGGCAUCGGAGCUCAGCUGUGUUGUGCAAGCAGGGCAAUAUGGAAAGGGCACGCCGCAGCCUGGGCGUUUAAGCGCCGGAUACAAACAAGCGCCGCUCGCAUCCAGUCGGUCGGCCGGAGCGGUGGAGCACGCACUCGCCUCAGUUGGAAGGAUGAGCGGCUACCUGGGCGACCUGAGCAUGCGCCAGCAGGCUACGCUCGACAAGUUCCGAGAAGCUGUGGCUGACGUGAGGAAGACCUCACACACGGACGCGUUCCUGCUGCGCUGGCUACGAGCCCGGGAGUUUGAUGUGACCAAGGCGGAACGCAUGUACCGCCAUGACCUCGAAUGGCGGAAGGAUAACGGCGUUGACGAGCUGGUGAACAGCUACGAACCGCCAGCGCUGGUGAAGGAGAAUUUCCCGGGUGCCAUACUUCACCCGUGCAAGGAUGGACGACCGAUGUGGAUUAUUCCCGCGGGAAUUGACAUGAAAGCGUUUGUAGCGGCCCUCACCCCAGCUGUCGUACAGCGACACUGCACCUACAUGUUGGAAUAUGCGGAAUCGUUGAAGCGGUCAGCUUCAAUAAAGGCAACUGCAGAAUUGGAAACGCACUACCUGGUGAUUGACGUAGAUAACUUUAGCCUGCGUCAGGUGUACAGCUGGCAAGCCGUGAAGACCAUCACGGACAUGCUGCAAAUGAUGGAGGACCACUUUCCCGAGUGUCUGGAGAAGUGCAUCAUCGUAAAUGCGCCUUACUUCUUCCCCGUCGUGUGGAAGCUGAUAAAGCCCUUUUUGACGCAGAGGACAACCGACAAAAUGGAAAUCUACGCAAAGGUUGAACCCUGGAAGGAGCGUCUUGUUGGCCUCGUGUACGCAGCCGCCCUCCCCGCCCACUGGGGUGGUGUCAUGGUCGGCCCUGACGGAGACCCACGAUGCAGGCACAUGAUUAACUACGGCGGUCGCUUCGAAGAGGGUCCCGAGACGCGGGCCUUGACGCUCUUCGACGAGCCGGGCGUCAAGACGCAGACCAUAGGUCGGCGAGACCGCUGGGAGUUCGAGGUGGACGUGUCGGACGAGGGCGUGGAACUCAACUGGUCUUUCCAGACUGCGGUGGGAGACUUGGGCUUCGGACUGCGCAUGCGCGACGGAGAAUCCCUGCUGCCCGUGCAACGCGUGGAUGCCAGCAGCCAAAUACCGCAGCAAGGCAGCUGGCGAUGCGCAAAGGCCGGAAAAUACGUGCUCGAGUUCGACAACUCCUACAGUUGGCUGACGGAAAAGAAGUUGGCCUACGUCGUGAAAUUGCAGUCGCCGAGUGAGAGUGCUUGACCACCGUUCCACCUCAUCAAGCUAAGCACCUCAGGAUGUACCAAAUAAAGACAGCUGCCAUUUCGUACUGUUCAGCUGGAAUUCAAAGAGGAAAGUUAUGCCGUGCUAGUCAGCAGCACUUUUGAAGUACAAAGUAGAGAGUGAGAAAGCUUGUAAACCUAGAGAGGUUUAUGAAACGAAGACUGGAACAACGCCCCCUCUAAACGUUCGCACCAGCUUGCCGCAUGAUCAGUUUUGACAGCGUCCAUCGAGUCCGCAACAAAUGAUAUAUCACUAAAAACUUAGCUUAAGAUAAAUAAUAACGCUCUCCUGUCAUUUUCAGAGGACUCUUUAAAUCUGUGAAUGUUCCUGAAAUUAUGCACUAAUAAAUGACAUUUAAUAUAUAUGACGA